ACAGAGAUCUUUUCUUAUCUUCCCCUAUAUAAUCCCCCAUUGCAUAUGUCUGUUGAAGUGUCCAUUACCUCUCUCUCUCUCUCUCUCACACACACACACACAAUUUGUAACACCAUGUUACCAAGAAGUAGAACACUUCCACCCAGAAUCAAUGAUGGGACAAUUGAAGAAAGGCAUGAUAUCAGGCACUACUUGCAAGUGGAAUCCCAACCAAAAGGACAUAGCAGUGAGACUGAAGCAAUAAACCCUCUCGCAAACUAUUCCAAGUGCUUCGAUGAUGAUGGCCGCCUGAAGAGAACUGGAACUUUUUGGACAGCAACAUCGCACAUCAUCACAGCAGUGAUAGGGUCAGGAGUUCUGUCAUUGGCAUGGGCAAUUGCACAGCUCGGUUGGGUUGCAGGGCCAGCAGUGAUGAUCCUGUUUGCCUUUGUUAUUCUCUACACUUCCAAUCUCCUCUCACAGUGCUACAGAUCUGGAGACCCUGUCACUGGACCGCGAAACUACACCUACAUGGAUGCUGUCAAGGCUAACUUAGGGGGCGGAAAGGUUACAGUAUGUGGUGCGAUUCAGUACUUGAAUUUGUUUGGCACGGCAAUUGGUUAUACAAUUGCAGCAUCAGUCAGCAUGAUGGCAAUAAAAAGAUCAAACUGUUUUCACAAGAGUGGAGGAAAAGAUCCGUGCCACAUGUCAAGCAACGGGUACAUGAUAGCAUUUGGAAUCACAGAGAUUCUAUUUUCUCAGAUCCCAGAUUUUGACCAAGUCUGGUGGCUUUCCAUAGUUGCAGCUAUUAUGUCUUUCACAUAUUCUUCAGUAGGCCUUGCUCUUGGCAUUGCCAAAGUUGCAGAAAAUGGGAGUAUCAAAGGAAGCAUGACCGGUAUCAGCAUAGGGACAGCAACGAAAGCCGGGACAGUAACUUCUACACAGAAGAUCUGGAGAAGCAUGCAAGCUCUCGGAGCUAUUGCCUUCGCAUAUUCAUAUUCUAUCAUCCUCUUAGAAAUACAGGAUACUGUAAAAUCUCCCCCAGCAGAGUAUAAGACCAUGAAGAAAGCAACUUUAUUGAGCAUCAGUGUAACGACAGCGUUCUAUUUACUCUGUGGAUGCAUGGGUUAUGCUGCAUUUGGGGAUAAUGCUCCAGGAAAUCUGCUGACCGGUUUUGGAUUCUACAACCCCUAUUGGCUACUUGACGUAGCCAACAUUGCAAUUGUUGUACAUCUUGUUGGAGCAUACCAGUUUUAUUGCCAGCCCUUAUUUGCGUUCGUGGAAAAAUGGAGCGCACAAAAGUGGCCUAAAAGUGAUUUUAUAACAGCAGAAUACGACAUACCUAUUCCUUUCUGUGGCAUUUACCAAAUCAACUUUUUCCGACUGAUAUGGAGGACCAUGUUUGUGGUGUUGACAACCAUCAUAGCAUUGCUCAUGCCUUUCUUCAACGAUGUUGUUGGAUUACUUGGAGCCUUUGGAUUUUGGCCAUUGACAGUCUACUUCCCCAUUGAAAUGUACAUUUCUCAGAAACAUAUCAAACGGUGGUCAAGUAGGUGGAUUGCGUUUCAAAUACUGAGUAUGGCGUGUCUUGUUAUCUCCAUAGCCGCUGCAGUUGGCUCAGUAGCCGGUGUUGUCCUGGAUCUCAAAACUUAUAAGCCAUUUAAGACUAGUUAUUAAUGGAAACACCGAGGAAUAUUUAGAUAAUACAGUAGGAAAUUAGUAUUCAAAUGAAGCCUAUAUGAGUCUUAUGUGAGUCAGGACUACAAAGACUGAAAAGUCCUUUCAAGUAAUAAAAUGUAUCCCCUAUUAAUUUGCGAAUAUUUGAUACUUUGUUUUGUGCCA